AAUGCUGUGAUAUGUGGUGCGAAUAGUAAUUUUGUUUACUUCUCUGCCGUUUAUACAUAUCUCACCUUACAUAAAUGCCAGCAAGUGGAGCUAAAAUCAGAGACACAAUCACAAUUGUUCCUCUGCUCUUCAGUCUUGAAACUCUCAACUUCUGAGGUUCCAGACUCUCUACCUUGGGCAUUGUGGGAUGUCUAAUCUCAGUGAAGAUCUUGUGUUCUUGGUCUUAAAGUAUUUGGAUGAGGAAGGUUAUAAAGAAGCCGCCCACAUGCUUGAGCGUGAAAGUGGGCUUUACUUUGACAUGAAUUAUUUUGAAGAGCUGGUGCUUAGUGGAAAAUGGGAUGAAGCAGAGAAAUACCUCACCGGCUUCACAAAGCUCGAUGACAAUAAGUACUCGACUAAGAUCUACUUUGAAAUCAGGAAGCAACAUUACUUUGAGGCACUUGACAAAAAAUGUCUUGCCGAGGCUUUAGAUGUCCUCACAAAUGAUCUACAAGUUUUUGCUAAAGGUAAUGAAGAGCUAUUCAAAGAAAUGACUCAACUUAUGACAUUUGAGAAUAUAAGGGAACAUGAGUCACUCUCUAUGUAUAGAGAUACAAAGUCUGCAAGGAAGGUUAUGAUGAAAGAAAUCAGGAGGGUAAUUGAGGCAAAUCCAAUUUUCCGUGGUAGACUGGAAUUUCCUAUCGUAAAAGGCGAGAGAUUACGGCGUCUGAUUAACCAAAGCUUGAAUUGGCAGCAUAUGCAAUGUGAAGAUCCUCAUCCAAAUCCAGCCAUUGACACCCUUUUUAUUGAUCAUGUUUGUGACCCACAGGUCUGUAUACAACAUUCUCCAUCAAUUGAAAAUAAUGCAAAACCUUCCCGGACCACAUCAUAUCAAUCUCCAACUUGUUCUGUGAAGUCAAGUCUAUCUACCAUUGCACAAUAUGCAUCGUGUAUUGGAGGAUCUUUCCCUGCAAAUAACCCAGCUACUGAGGUUAUUGAGGAUUCUGAUGUUUUAUCCAAAAGGAUGCCCAUUGUAACUGGGGAUGAGGUAACAUCAACUAUCACUGAUCAUGGCCAAAAUCAGAUCUCGGAACUUGCCAUAUCCAAAAAUCUUCCCAGUACUGUUGUCCGUACAUUGGAUGAGGGGUCUUCUCCAGUGAGCAUGGAUUUUCAUCCCGUUUGGCUUACUGUUCUUCUAGUUGGAACUUCUGCUGGGGAAAUAGGACUGUGGGAUAUUAGCUGCGGUGGAAAAAUGGUUGCCAGAAACUUUAAUGUUUGGGAUCUUGGAGCAUGCUCGAUGGCCUUAAAGGUAGCACUAGAAAAAGAUUCACAUGUCUCUGUUAAUCGUGUGUUAUGGAGUCCGGAUGGUUUCUUAUUUGGGGUUGCAUAUUCAAAACAUGUUGUGCAAUUAUAUUCUUAUAUUGGAGGAGAUGAACUGGAUCAAAUAUUGGAAAUUGAUGCUCAUUUGGGUGGUGUAAAUGAUUUAGCAUUCUCUUCUCCUGAAGGGGAACUUUUGGUCAUAACAUGUGGUGAUGACAGGACCAUCAAGGUGUGGGAUGUGGUUAGUGGUAACCGAUGCUUUACUUUUGAAGGUCAUGAUGCUCCUGUUUAUUCCAUCUGUCCUCAUAUCAAAGACAAUAUCCCUUUUAUCUUUUCAGUCUCAACAGUUGGCAGGAUCAAAGUGUGGUUAUAUGACAAUUUAGGAGACAGAAUUGAUUAUGAUGCUCCUGGUCUUGGUUGCACCAAAAUGGCUUACAGUGCUGAUGAGAGGCUUUUUUCAUGUGGGACCAGUAAAGGAGGGGAAUCAUAUCUUGUUGAAUGGAAUGAUACUGUUGGUUGUUUCAAAAGAGUUUACAAAGGACUUGGGCCAAACCCAUUGUCUGCCGUGCAAUUCGAUAUAACCAGUAACCAGCUUUUGGCUGCUGGUGAUGACCAUAUGGUUAAAUUUUGGCAUAUGGACAACACUCAACUUUUGAAUACCAUUGAUGCUGAUGGUGGAUUACCAGCAAAUCCACAUAUUCGCUUCAACAGUGAUGGCUCCCUAUUAGCUGUUUCUUCAAGUGGAAACCAAAUCAAGAUACUGGCAAAUGCUAAUGGUCUUGAUUUGCUGCAAGGAUGUGGGAAUGAUUCUAUCGAUGCCUCUGGAGUUGAAUCUGAAACUUCAAGAAAGAAUGGGAAUGUGGCAGAAGUGAAUUCAAAAACAACAGGAGAAGCCACUUACGGAGAAAAGGCAUGGGAAACUAUUGAGAGACCUUCUCAAUGCCAAUCUUUGCAGCUAUGUGCUGAUGUCAAAAGAACCAAGAUAUCCAAGCUGAUCUACACCAAUGCUGGUGACGCCAUUUUGGCAUUAACAUCAAAUGCCAUUCAUCUACUCUGGAAAUGGCCGCAGAACGAUCUUAGUUCUAGUGGAAAGGCAACUACCAAGGUUCAACCUCUUUUAUGGCGACCAACGAGUGGCUUACAGCUGAUGAGCAAUGACCUUUCCAGCACCAACCCUGAAGAGGCCAUGCCAUGCUUUGCUUUGUCCAAGAAUGAUUCAUAUCUUAUGUCAGCAUCAGGAGGGAUGAUCUCCCUUUUUAAUGUUAUAUCGUUUAAGACAAUGAGGAAAGUCAUGGCUCCACCACCUGCAGCAACAUGCCUUGCUUUUGAUCCUCGAGACAACAAUGUAGUUGUUAUUGGCAUGGAUGAUUCCACAAUUAUGAUAUAUAAUGCUCGCUUGGAUAAGGUCACAAAAACGCUUGCUGGUCACACCAAAAGAGUCACUUCCCUUGCCUUCUCUACCUCUAUGAAAUCACUUGUUUCUUCUGGUGCUGAUGCUCAGAUUUUUGUGUGGAAUGCUGAUGAGUGGAAAAUACAGAGAAGCCAAGUGCUGCAGAUUCCAGAUUGGAACAAAUUGAGAGCAUUAUCAGACUCAGAUACCCAUGUCCAGUUUCACGAGGAUCAGCUGCAUUUCCUAAUCGUACACAAGACUCACCUUGCAAUAUACGAAGUGAAAGAACUAGGAUGUGUAAACGAGUGGGUCUCAGAUUCUUCUGUACCAAUUUCCCAUGCAACGUUCUCAUGUGAUAGCCAGACAGUAUAUGCCAGCUUUGUGGAUGGAACCAUAGGCAUAUUUGACGCUUCUGUUCUUGUACUAUGCUGUCUUAUCAAGCCCUCCGCUUACCUUCCUACCGAUAUAAGUUGCAGUUAUACUGUGUACCCAGUCGUCAUUGCUGGGCAUCCACAAAAACCAACCCAGUUUGCCGUUGGACUCUCUAAUGGUGAAGUUCAUGUGCUUGAGCCUUUAGAAUCAGAAGGCAAAUGGGGUAUAUUGCCCACGGUUAAAAGGACUUUGAAGAGCAGUGCGCCUGCAAAAUCUACCUUUCGGGGCUUCUUGUAUGAAUAAAUCUGAGAAACAAUUUUAAGUCUUAAACUCUAUAGUUUGCGUAAUUUUGUGACUUCAAUGAAAAAUUUGUACUCGUUGGUUCUGUUUCA